AUAUCAUUUUAGCUUUUCAGGAUUCUUAUUCUCAUCUCUCCUCUUCUAAUAACCACAACCAACUAAUGUCUUUAGGAACAUGAAAGCUUUAUUAUAAAUGUAUAUAUGUAUAUAUUCUCUCUUUACUCUUUCUUCUUCUUCUUGGGAAUUAGGGAAAGAAGAUGAAUGAUUGGGCUGCUCCAUUGAUUGCUGCUGCUCUAUUUGCGUUUCUGUCACCAGGACUGGUUUUUCAAAUACCAGGGAAGCAAAGGCCAGUUGAUUUCGUGAACAUGAAGACAAGUGUGGCAGCAAUCUUUGUACAUACUGUUCUCUAUUGCUUGUUUCUUAUGUUGUUUCUUGUUGUUCUUCAUGUUCAUCUCUACCUCUAAGAUAUAUAUAUAUAUACACGUAUAUGUAUAUAUAUGUAGCAAAAGUACUAAAAGCAAAAAGAUUUGUGUUCUUGACCCCCCCAAAAAAAAAAAAGUGAAGAGAGUUUGAUGAACACCCUUUUGCCUUUAGAUUUAGCCUUGUAAGCUCUAUUUGUUAAUGAAGAAACCGUUCAAAAGUACCCUCUGUUCUUGCUAUUUAUCUGUGUAUAUGUAUGUAUAUCCAUCCUCUUACGGGGAUAUGUAGAGGAAAAAGUAGUUAUCGAUUGAUUUUGUUUAAUAGAGGGUUAUAUUUGUGAAUAGAUCAACAGGAAAAGAGAGUUAUUCGGUUCUUGUUCAAGCCCAUAUAUAUAUAUAUAUGUAUGUAACUAUCAAGAAAUCAUGGAAGGUUUAAGAAAAAAAAAAAAAA